AGGAUAUGGCUUAGUGAAGAUUAAACAAAAAUGAUUUGGGUAGGAGAAGAGGAUUUAUUAAGAAUUAUUUCUAUUGUCUAAGGUAAUGAUUUAGGAAAGGUUGAUAAGUCAUUACAUGAUUUAUUAACAGGAAUUGAAAAAAGUGGAUUAGAUUUGCAGAGCAUCCAGUAUAUGGAGUAAUAACAACAUGUCCUACUAACAUGGGAACAGGAAAGAGACAAUCAAUUCUAGGAAAAUUCCUAAAUAUUACUAAGUAAGGAACAGACGAAAAAAAAUUGAAAGAGAUUGCUAAAUAAUUUGGACUUUAAGCAAGAGGAUGUGGAUGUGAACAUUCUGAAAUGGAUAAGGAAGUAACAGCUGAUAUUUCUCCAUCUGCCAGAAUUUGAAGUUA